UCACCACGGGCGGUGCCGCAUGCGCAGUAGAAGGAGCCGAGGUGGUGUGGGUGCUGCUGCCUAAACUCUUCCGGACCGAAGUCUUGUUCUGGCCGAGAGGGAGCCGGACUGGCGGCUUUGGGGCUCUUGGUGCUUGGUGGACGGCGUCUUGGGGCUCAGAUGAACCAAUGGCAUCCUGCCCGCUACGGCUGGGGCCAGAGAGGCAUCUUUUCCGGACUGCCCUCCGGCGAGAGGAAGGGUGGAAGCCACGCCCCCGAAAGGUGGAAAGACUAUAUGCCAGUUGGACAGCGAAUGCCAGGGACCCGUUUCAUUGCUUUCAAAGUUCCUUUGAAAAAGAGUUUUGAAGACAAUCUUGCUCCAGAAGAAUGCUUUUCUCCCUUGGAUCUUUUUAACAAAGUCCAAGAACAGAAUGAAGAACUUGGACUGAUUAUUGAUUUAACAUAUACUCACCGCUAUUAUAAGCCAGAGGGCUUACCAGAAACUGUUCCUUACUUAAAAAUGUAUACGAUUGGGCAUCAGGUACCUGAUGAUGACACUAUUUUUAAAUUCAAAUAUGGUGUUAAUGGGUUUUUGAAAGAAAAUAAAGAUAAUGACAAACUUAUUGGCGUCCACUGUACCCAUGGUGUAAACAGGCCUGGCUACCUCAUCUGCAGGUAUAAGCUUUAAGAGCCAACACACAAUUUGCCAAGUUCCCUUUCACUGCCUCAAUAACUGGGAGAACAUGCUGAGAUGAAGUCCCCUUUGGUGAGGUCCUUGCAUAACCACGAACCCAGGGUGCUGAUGUUGUCCACACAACCUUUCAGCAGCUGGGCACUGGUCUUUACAUCUGAUAUUGUGCCCAUAAACCAGGGAUCUGGAUCAGAAAAAGUCAAAAGAUGAUUCAGAUGGAAUCAUGACAGAACUAAAAAGGAAGAUCCACUGCUGAGUGACCCUGUACUUGAAGCGGAUGCAAUAAUUUAAGGACAAUGGGUUGUCUGCUCUUGGAAAGAGGGUGUGUUUCAGGAUGACACUUCUUAUGCUGACAAAGACUGGCCUGAAGCCAAGAAAGGAAGAUUCAGAGAGAGAGUGAAGUUCCUCAGAUUUCAAGUUCAGUUUGCUCUAUAAGGCCCUGCCACUUCCCCAGGUGAAUCACACAAAGAAUUGUCACCCUCUUCCAGAGAGGCCAUGCUACCCACAGAAUUCCAUGCUGUUCUGAUGAGUAAUCUGUACCUUCCCCAUCAAUUUUGGACACCUCCUUUGACAUUAAUAAAGUAUUUUAUUCUGGGUCUGUUAA